AUGAGCUAUACAAAAGAAAUCAGUUAUAUGUACAAGGACCCCAAGCAGCCGAUCAACGAGCGCGUGCAGGACCUCCUCAGCCGGAUGACGCUCGAGGAGAAGAUCGGCCAGAUGUCGCAGAUAGAGAGGGCCAACGCGACCACCACCGUCAUCGAGAAGUACUUCGUCGGCAGCGUGCUGAGCGGCGGAGGCAGCGUGCCGGCUGAGAAGGCGACGGCGUCGACGUGGCAGAAGAUGGUCACCAAGAUGCAGAAGGCGGCGCUCAAGACCCGCCUCGGCAUCCCGAUCAUCUACGGCAUCGACGCCGUGCACGGCAACAACAACGUCUACAACGCCACCAUCUUCCCCCACAACAUCGGCCUCGGCGCCACCAGGGAUCCCACGCUGGUGAAGCGGAUCGGGGAGGCCACGGCGCACGAGGCCAGGGCUACAGGCAUCCCUUACACUUUCGCGCCAUGCGUCGCGGUUUGUCGUGAUCCGAGGUGGGGCCGGUGCUACGAGAGCUACAGCGAGGACACGAGACUGGUGCAGCUCAUGACCUCGAACAUGGUGACCGGACUGCAGGGCGACGUCCCAGCGAAGCACCCCAAGGGCGUCCCCUACGUCGGCGGGUCGAAGAAGGUGGCCGGGUGCGCGAAGCAUUUCGUCGGCGACGGCGGCACGCGGCGGGGCAUCAACGAGAACAACACGGUGCUCAGCUUCCACGACCUGAUGCGGAUCCACAUGCCGCCCUACGACAACGCCGUCAUCAAGGGCAUCUCCACCGUCAUGAUCUCCUACUCAAGCUGGAACGGGAUCAAGAUGCACGAGAACAAGUUCCUCAUCACCGACACGCUCAAGAACAAGAUGAACUUCAGGGGCUUUGUGAUCACGGACUGGCAGGCCGUCGACCGGAUCACGACGCCGCCGCACAAGCACUACUACCACUCCAUCCAGGAGACGAUCCACGCCGGCAUCGACAUGGUGAUGAUCCCGUACGACUACACGGAAUUCGUCGCCGACCUGACGUCGCAGGUCAAGAGCGGCCAAAUCAAGCUGGACCGCGUCAACGACGCCGUCAGCCGUAUCCUCCGGGUCAAGUUCACCAUGGGCCUCUUCGAGGACCCUCUCCCCGACCCGCGCCUCGCAAAGGAGCUCGGCGCGCAGGAGCACCGGGCGGUCGCGCGGGAGGCCGUCCGCAAGUCCCUCGUGCUGCUCAAGAACGGCAAGAAGGGGAAGCCAAUGCUGCCGCUGCAGAAGAAGGCAAAGAAGAUCCUCGUCGCCGGCAGCCACGCGCACAACCUGGGCUACCAGUGCGGCGGCUGGACCGGCACCUGGCAGGGGGGCAGCGGCAACAGCAUCACCGGCGUCGGCACCACGAUUCUCGAGGCGAUCAAGUCGGCGGUGGACAAGAGCACGGCGGUGGAGUACGCGGAGCACCCGGACAAGGACUCGAUCGCCCAGAACGCCGGGGAGUACGACUACGCGGUGGUGGCGGUGGGCGAGCCACCGUACGCCGAGACGGCCGGCGACAACCAGAACCUGACCAUCCCGGACCCGGGCGCGAAGGUGAUCAAGGACGUGUGCGGGCUCGUCAAGUGCGUGGUGCUCAUCGUGUCGGGACGCCCGCUGGUGGUGGAGCCCUACCUAGACUACACGGACGCGCUCGUCGCCGCGUGGCUGCCCGGCACGGAGGGCCAGGGCAUCGCCGACGUGCUGUUCGGGGACUACGGGUUCACGGGGAAGCUGCCCCGGACGUGGUUCAAGUCGGUAGACCAGCUGCCGAUGAACUACGGAGACAAGCGCUACGACCCGCUGUUCCCGUUCGGGUUCGGGCUCACGACCAAGGCUGCGAGCCAGAGUUAGCAAU